GUGCUUCGCCGAGGCGCGGCGCCCUGGCUCCUGCUCGGCAAGUGCAGCCGGCCGGGCUCUUCCCGCCGUGCCUUACCGCCCUCUCUGUUUUCCAGGCUGCGCCUCCGUGGAGAAUGGCGGCGGCGCGCUGAGCGGGCCGGAGCAGCGCCUGGCGGGACAGAUGGCCGCCGCGAACAAGGGCACCAAGCCCAAGGCGGGGGCUGUCCGUUUUGCCCCCACCCAGACGGUGGAAGGCAGCUCCAGCCACGUUCACUUUGACGAGAAGCUCCAUGAUUCGGUGGUCAUGGUGAGCCAGGAGGAUGGCAACUUCCUCGUGAAGGUCGGCUUCCUGAAGAUACUGCACAAGUACGAAAUCAGCUUCGUUCUGCCUUUCGUGCAGCGGCUGGGGAAGAACAUCGCCUGCGCACCGCUCUCCAACCUUAACCUCAAAGUGAUCAACAUCGUGCCGGUAUCGGAAGGUUACAGCAUCACGUGCGAGUACACGGCCCACAAAGAAGGCGUCCUGCGGGAAGAGGUGGUGCUCUGCAGCGAGACCAACGACGGCGCCUCGGUCAAGGUGGUCGUGCAGGCCAGAGUGAUGGACCGCCACCACGGCACGCCCAUGCUGCUGGAGGGUGUGAAGUGCAUCGGGGCCGAACUGGAGUACGACUCGGAGCAGAGCGAGUGGCACGGAUUUGACUAGCCGGCGGCUCCCUGCCCUCCUCGGCCGGCCCAGGCGUCUUUUUAGGGGUUUCUAGACAUCUCUCUCUCUAUUUUUCAGCGAAGCUUGAAAAUAAAGCCACCAUCUCAACCAUC